AUGGCUGACGCGAAGCCGCAGACCCUCCGCGCGUGGCUGCACUCCGCCGUGGAGUCGCGCGGCGACGUGGCGGCCAUCGUAGUCACGCAGGGAGGCCCCACCGUGACGCACGCCGCGCUCGAGGCGGCGGUGGAUGGCGUGGCGGCGCAGCUGAGGGCUCUGGGAGUGCGACCCGGCGAUCUUGUGUCUCUCGCUUUCCCUAACUCGCUCGAGUUUGUGAUCCUUUUCCUCGCAGUUACGCGUGUUCGCGCCACAGCAGCUCCGUUAAAUGCAGCGUACACGGAGGAGGAGUUCAAGUUCUAUAUGGAGGACGCGCAGGCGCGCCUGCUUCUUCUCCCCGAGGGCGGCACUCCCAAGGCUCAGGCGGCCGCUGCUGCCUUGGGAGUACCGGUGGCGCAUGCUGGGAGCUACGGAGGCGAGGAAGGAGUCCCCCUGCGCCCAUCCGAAGGGCUCUCCGCCCUCCCACCCGCGGACAUCCCGGACGGGCCCGGCCCCGGGCCCACGCCCGACCCCGCUGACGUGGCACUCUUCCUGCACACGUCAGGCACGACCAGCCGCCCGAAAGGCGUGCCGCUGACGCACGCCAACCUGGCAGCAUCCAUAGGGAACAUCAUAGACACAUACGACCUCACUCCUGCCGACCGGUCUUACCUAGUCAUGCCUCUGUUCCACGUGCACGGGCUGAUGGCUGCUCUUCUCGCCUCUCUCUCCUCUGGGGGCUCCGUGGUCCUCCCCGCCUCUGGCCGUUUCUCCGCGUCGACCUUCUGGGACGAAGUGGUGCAGAGCGGUGCCACGUGGUACACCGCGGUGCCCACCAUGCACCAGAUUCUCCUCUCCCGCCACCGCUCCCACGGCCCGCCCACCCUCUCGGGAAAAUCUCAGGGGGAAUCUCAGGGGGAAUCUCUGGGUGAAUCCACCGCCUCUGUCACUGCCUACCCGCCUCUGCGUUUCAUCCGCAGCUGCAGUGCCAGCCUGGCAGCGGCAGUGCUGGAGGAAAUGGAAACAGUCUUCGGCGCUCCCGUGCUUGAAGCAUAUGCUAUGACCGAAGCAAGCCACCAAAUGACUGCCAACCCUCUCCCUUCCAAGGGAUCCCACAAGGCUGGGUCUGUGGGGUUGCCGACAGGAAUCGAACUCGCGAUCUUGGACGAGCAGGGGCGGGAGCACGGGGUGGGGGAGCGCGGCGAGGUGUGCAUUCGCGGGGCGAACGUUACGGCUGGUUACCGCAGCAACCCGGCGGCGAAUGAGGCGGCGUUCGCGUUCGGGUGGUUUCACACGGGAGACGAGGGGAAGAGGGACGAGGAGGGGUAUUUGUACCUGACGGGGCGGCUGAAGGAGCUGAUCAACAGGGGUGGGGAGAAGAUCUCGCCGCUGGAGGUGGAUGCUGCGCUGCUGGCCGUGAAAGGCGUGGCUGAGGCCGUUGCUUUCUCUGCGCCUGAUGCCCACUACGGGGAGGAGGUGAAUGCAGCAGUGGUGUUGGAGCCAGGUGUGUCUCUCACCCAGGAGGAGGUGCAGGAGCACCUGAAGAAUCACCUGGCGGCCUUCAAGCUGCCCAAGCGCGUCUUCUUUGUCGACCAUCUCCCGCGCACCGCCACCGGCAAGAUUCAGCGUCGCUUCGUUGCCCAGGCCAUGCUCAGUGGCGAAGGCACUGCUGCUGCUCCUGCUGCAGCUUCGGCUGCUCCUGCUGCUGCUGCCCCUUCCCCCUCCCCCUCCGCUACCCUAGACGCCCCUGCUCUCAUCGCCCUCUCUCUCGCUCGUCUCGGCGUCACCCACCUAUUCGGAGUCAUCGGCAUUCCCGUCACGGCCGUCGCCACAGCAGCGCAGCAGCAGGGGAUCCGCUUCCUCUCCUUCCGCAACGAGCAAGCAGCAGGCUACGCCGCAGCAGCCUACGGUUACCUCACAGGAACCCCCGGCGUGCUGCUUACAGUGUCAGGCCCGGGGUGUGUGCAUGCACUGGCAGGGGUGAGUCAUGCUCAGGUGAAUACCUGGCCGCUGCUGCUGCUCUCAGGGUCUUGCACACAGGAGGAUGUGGGCCAGGGGGAUUUUCAGGAGUUGGAUCAGGUGAGAGUGGUUCGGCCGUUUGUGAAGGAAUCCGGGCGGGCGAAGUCGAUUGCGGAGAUCCCGGGGGUGGUGAAGUGGGCGGCGGAGGCGACGGUGGCCGGGCGGCCCGGUGCGGCGUAUGUGGACCUGCCGGCCGAUGUGCUGCAUGGGAGUAUUUCUGAGGAAGAUGCGAGGAAGCUUCUGGAGGACGUGAAGCCCCUGGUGCCGCUCUGGCGCACCGCUCUGGACCCCUCUGCACCGCUUGCAUCAGCCCUCGAGUCAAGUCUCACAGAGGCGAUUGCUUUGCUGAGGGAAGCUAAAGCACCUCUGCUGGUGGUGGGGAAGGGGGCAGCAUACGCUCACGCUGAGAACCAAAUAGCAGCACUGGUGGAAUUGACUGGGAUUCCCUUCCUCCCUACACCCAUGGGGAAGGGUGUUUUGUCCGAUACACACCCCCUGUGCGUCUCUGCUGCUCGCUCAUUGGCUCUUUCCCAAGCUGACGUGGCGCUUGUGGUCGGCGCGAGGCUGAAUUGGAUCCUGCAUUUCGGCCACCCGCCAAAGUGGGCGGCAGGAGUGAAGUUUGUCCUGGUGGAUGUGGACGAAAGCGAGGUGGCGCAGAGGCGGCCGGCGGUGGGGCUGGUCGGCGACGCCAGGGCGGUGGUUGGGCGGCUUGCGGCACGGUGGGCGGCGGAAGGAGGGCAGAAGGUUGCAGCAGACAACCCCUGGGUCUCUAAGUUGAAGGUAAGCAAGCCGAGACAUGUGAAGCUCAGGCUGUCUUGUACCCGUCCCUCAUGCCUCUCAAUUCCCCCUCUUGUUCCCAUUCCUAUCCCCCCGACCCCUCUCCGUCCUCUCACUCAUUGCAUGGUGUUGGCCAUUGCCGUCCUCUCACCCAUUGCAUGGUGUUGGCCAUUGCCGUCCUCUCACCCAUUGCAUGGUGUUGGCCAUUGCCGUCCUCUCACCCAUUGCAUGGUGUUGGCCAUUGCCGUCCUCUCACUCAUUGCAUGGUGUUGGCCAUUGCCGUCCUCUCACCCAUUGCAUGGUGUUGGCCAUUGCCAUCCUCUCACCCAUUGCAUGGUGUUGGCCAUUGCCGUCCUCUCACCCAUUGCAUGGUGUCGGCCAUUGCCGUCCUCUCACCCAUUGCAUGGUGUUGGCCAUUGCCGUCCUCUCACCCAUUGCAUGGUGUUGGCCAUUGCCGUCCUCUCACCCAUUGCAUGGUGUUGGCCAUUGCCGUCCUCUCACCCAUUGCAUGGUGUUGGCCAUUGCCGUCCUCUCACCCAUUGCAUGGUGUUGGCCAUUGCCGUCCUCUCACUCAUUGCAUGGUGUUGGCCAUUGCCGUCCUCUCACCCAUUGCAUGGUGUUGGCCAUUACCGUCCUCUCACCCAUUGCAUGGUGUUGGCCAUUGCCGUCCUCUCACUCAUUGCAUGGUGUUGGCCAUUGCCGUCCUCUCACCCGUUGCAUGGUGUUGGCCAUUGCCGUCCUCUCACCCAUUGCAUGGUGUUGGCCAUUGCCGUCCUCUCACCCAUUGCAUGGUGUUGGCCAUUGCCGUCCUCUCACCCAUUGCAUGGUGUUGGCCAUUGCCGUCCUCUUACCCAUUGCAUGGUGUUGGCCAUUGCCGUCCUCUCACCCAUUGCAUGGUGUUGGCCAUUGCCAUCCUCUCACCCAUUGCAUGGUGUUGGCCAUUGCCGUCCUCUCACCCAUUGCAUGGUGUCGGCCAUUGCCGUCCUCUCACCCAUUGCAUGGUGUUGGCCAUUGCCGUCCUCUCACCCAUUGCAUGGUGUUGGCCAUUGCCGUCCUCUCACCCAUUGCAUGGUGUUGGCCAUUGCCGUCCUCUCACCCAUUGCAUGGUGUUGGCCAUUGCCGUCCUCUCACCCAUUGCAUGGUGUUGGCCAUUGCCGUCCUCUCACUCAUUGCAUGGUGUUGGCCAUUGCCGUCCUCUCACCCAUUGCAUGGUGUUGGCCAUUGCCGUCCUCUCACCCAUUGCAUGGUGUCGGCCAUUGCCGUCCUCUCACCCAUUGCAUGGUGUUGGCCAUUGCCGUCCUCUCACCCAUUGCAUGGUGUUGGCCAUUGCCGUCCUCUCACCCAUUGCAUGGUGUUGGCCAUUGCCGUCCUCUCACCCAUUGCAUGGUGUUGGCCAUUGCCGUCCUCUCACUCAUUGCAUGGUGUUGGCCAUUGCCGUCCUCUCACCCAUUGCAUGGUGUUGGCCAUUGCCGUCCUCUCACCCAUUGCAUGGUGUUGGCCAUUGCCGUCCUCUCACCCAUUGCAUGGUGUUGGCCAUUGCCAUCCUCUCACCCAUUGCAUGGUGUUGGCCAUUGCCGUCCUCUCACCCAUUGCAUGGUGUCGGCCAUUGCCGUCCUCUCACCCAUUGCAUGGUGUUGGCCAUUGCCGUCCUCUCACCCAUUGCAUGGUGUUGGCCAUUGCCGUCCUCUCACCCAUUGCAUGGUGUUGGCCAUUGCCGUCCUCUCACCCAUUGCAUGGUGUUGGCCAUUGCCGUCCUCUCACCCAUUGCAUGGUGUUGGCCAUUACCGUCCUCUCACUCAUUGCAUGGUGUUGGCCAUUGCCGUCCUCUCACCCAUUGCAUGGUGUUGGCCAUUGCCGUCCUCUCACCCAUUGCAUGGUGUCGGCCAUUGCCGUCCUCUCACCCAUUGCAUGGUGUUGGCCAUUGCCGUCCUCUCACCCAUUGCAUGGUGUUGGCCAUUGCCGUCCUCUCACCCAUUGCAUGGUGUUGGCCAUUGCCGUCCUCUCACCCAUUGCAUGGUGUUGGCCAUUGCCGUCCUCUCACCCAUUGCAUGGUGUUGGCCAUUGCCAUCCUCUCACCCAUUGCAUGGUGUUGGCCAUUGCCGUCCUCUCACCCAUUGCAUGGUGUUGGCCAUUGCCGUCCUCUCACCCAUUGCAUGGUGUUGGCCAUUGCCGUCCUCUCACUCAUUGCAUGGUGUUGGCCAUUGCCGUCCUCUCACCCAUUGCAUGGUGUUGGCCAUUGCCGUCCUCUCACCCAUUGCAUGGUGUUGGCCAUUGCCGUCCUCUCACCCAUUGCAUGGUGUUGGCCAUUGCCGUCCUCUCACCCAUUGCAUGGUGUUGGCCAUUGCCAUCCUCUCACCCAUUGCAUGGUGUUGGCCAUUGCCGUCCUCUCACCCAUUGCAUGGUGUUGGCCAUUGCCGUCCUCUCACCCAUUGCAUGGUGUUGGCCAUUGCCGUCCUCUCACCCAUUGCAUGGUGUUGGCCAUUGCCGUCCUCUCACUCAUUGCAUGGUGUUGGCCAUUGCCGUCCUCUCACCCAUUGCAUGGUGUUGGCCAUUGCCGUCCUCUCACCCAUUGCAUGGUGUUGGCCAUUGCCGUCCUCUCACCCAUUGCAUGGUGUUGGCCAUUGCCGUCCUCUCACUCAUUGCAUGGUGUUGGCCAUUGCCGUCCUCUCACCCAUUGCAUGGUGUUGGCCAUUGCCGUCCUCUCACCCAUUGCAUGGUGUUGGCCAUUGCCGUCCUCUCACCCAUUGCAUGGUGUUGGCCAUUGCCAUCCUCUCACCCAUUGCAUGGUGUUGGCCAUUGCCGUCCUCUCACCCAUUGCAUGGUGUUGGCCAUUGCCGUCCUCUCACCCAUUGCAUGGUGUUGGCCAUUGCCGUCCUCUCACCCAUUGCAUGGUGUUGGCCAUUGCCGUCCUCUCACCCAUUGCAUGGUGUUGGCCAUUGCCGUCCUCUCACCCAUUGCAUGGUGUUGGCCAUUGCCGUCCUCUCACCCAUUGCAUGGUGUUGGCCAUUGCCGUCCUCUCACCCAUUGCAUGGUGUUGGCCAUUGCCGUCCUCUCACCCAUUGCAUGGUGUUGGCCAUUGCCGUCCUCUCACUCAUUGCAUGGCCAAGGCAUCAGCCAACAGCGUCCGAAUGGAGUCUCUUCUUUCCCAGGACGCCCACCCCCUCAACUUCCACUGCUCCCUGCGGGUUCUCCACUCCCCACCCCCUCCUUGUCUCCCAACAGGCCAAGGCGUCAACCAACACUGUCCGAAUGGAGUCUCUUCUUUCCCAGGAUGUCCACCCCCUCAACUUCCACUGCUCCCUGCGCGUCCUCCGCGACAAGCUAGCCGCGCUGCCCCCCUCCGUCACCACCCUGCUCUGCUCUGAAGGCGCCAACACCAUGGACAUGGGCAGAACCGUCCUCCCCCAGUUAACCCCGCGCUCACGGCUUGAUGCGGCCACCUGGGGGACCAUGGGCGUGGGGUUGGGGUAUGCAGUGGCUGCUGCUGUGGCGCCGCUAGGGGAGGAGGGGGAGAGUGGGGGGAGUGGGAGUGAGGGUGGGGAGAAGGGGAAGAGGGAGCGGCUGGUGGUGGCGUUGGAGGGGGACAGCGCGUUUGGGUUCAGCGGCAUGGAGAUUGAGACCAUGGUGCGAUACAAUCUGCCCAUCAUAGUCGUAGUGAUGAACAACGGAGGCAUCUACGGGGGCGAUCGCAGGGGGCCCGUCCAACUGCCAGACAGCACCCGCAGCGACCCGCCCCCCACCUCCUUUGUGGAAGGCGCGCGCUACGACCGCAUGAUGGAAGCAUUCGGAGGACGCGGUUACCACGUUACCACGGUGCAGGAGCUGGGAGUGAUGCUGGAGCAGGCGUUUAAGGAGAGAAAGCCUGCGGUGGUGAAUGUGGUGGUUGACCCUUUGGCUGGUGCUGAGAGCGGUCGUCUCACCCACAAGAACUAG